AUGCUGGACACGAUGAAGGACGACGCCGACAGCGACGUUCCACAUGCCAACACGGAGCUGGACGACAUACUCACUCAGAUAUCCGAACUGGACAAAUGGAGGGAGAUUUUCAAUGCUCGUGGGUUGGAAUUACAGGAUUGUAUUAAGAGGCCUCCAGGGAAGGCAGAGGACGAUGGAGAGGAUGGGGCAGGGACAGCCCCGUCCAGCUCCCGUCGGCCAUCUCGUGAAAACACCACCAUGCUGACCCCGCCCUACUCCGUCCCCCGCGCGCUGGCCGUGUCCCCCGGGCUGGGAGGGCUGCCCGUCUCUCCUGAGAUGGCUGUGAAUCUUCGCAAGGUUUUAUUUGGGAAUACUUUCCAUAUCUUCAACUAUGAGUGGAAAAAGUCCUUCUUCAAGUUCAGAGAGCCAGUCUCAGACCUGUCCUAUGCCCUGGAGGCAGAGCGGGGUGGGGCUCGAGCCAUUCAGAUGGUGGUCCAGGCCAAUAUUGUCAAAUUCCUGCUCUUCACCCGGAAUGCUAGCUCUGACUGCUGCAUGCAGAGCCUGAGGGAGGUGGGUGAGAAACUGCAGGAGCGCGCGCUAGCCGCUGCCCUGGCAGACACCCUGUGGACCGCAGGUGAGGAGCAGAGCGCUACCGUCGCCCUGGUGACCUCUGAACACAGCUUCACCCGGCACCCAGACUACAAAACGGACAACGUCACAGAGAGGUUACAGCUUUUCAACUUCAGCGAGAAGGAGGACGUUCGGAAAUUCAUAUACGAGCACAUCCAGUGUUUUAAAGAGGAUGGGAGUCAUGGGGUCAUCUUGUUCCUGUAUAGCCUCAUCUUCUCCAGGACUUUGGAAAGGCUGAGUGAAGACCUGGACUCCACCACCUCUCACCUCUUACACCUGAGUCUGGGCAACUUUGUGUGUCGCCAGGCGCUGAUGAACCUGCUGUUGACGGGUCGGGCCAGCCCUAACACGUUUAACGGGACGCUGCAGCAUGACGAGCAGGGCGGACCUCUGGACCGGCCGCUGCACGGGGUCCUGGCGCGCAGCGACGUGGGGUACCUGCACUGGAGCCGAGAGCAAGUGCAGCACUCCCAGCUGCCAGCGGUGGGCAGCAUGCUGAAGACACCCAAGUUUCCCAUCUGGGUGUGCAGCAUCAACGGCACCUACAGCGUACUGUUCAGUCCCAAACGCUCCCUGCUGUCCGACUGGAAGAUGGAGCACCUGUUUGACCUGUACUUCUAUAACGGCCAACCAUCUCAAAGAAGUACUGCACUGCUCACUGUAGACACGCACUCCCAUCAUUGGGAGAUGGGGGAUGGGCUCACCCAGGGGGACCCGGAGAAGAGGUUCCCUUCAGUGGAGAUGACUAUCAGGACUAAAUGGGAAGGAGCGGCCAUUGACUGGAAUGGGACAGUUCCUUUUUUCUAACUUGGUGAGACACCACGUGACCUACGGCUGCAUUCUGCCUGCAGAACCGGUCACCUUGUCCUUCCCUGCAGGAGAUACUGGUCAACAGCACAACCUGGUGUCUACACUCACCCCUACAAAUACAGCCCGAGUGCGGCACUACGAUGCAAUGCGACAUUCCAUCAUACGUCAUAAAACAACACUAUCAGCACUCGGCCGCAGCACAGACACACACUGCCGACACACAACACAACACUGCACUGUCAGCACACGGCAAUAAAGCACUCAGAGCACAGACAUCCAUCCCUGUCACCACAGCGCAGUCUGUGACCACAGUGCUGCAACACAGGCUCAGUUUCCACAAACAACUGAGCACAAUCAUGUUGUUUGUGGAGUUUCCAUUGGGAUUUUAAUAAUGGCUUGAGCCUCUCAUGUUGUGCCAAAACUGAUUUAUUUCUUUUCUUAAACUGACCCUUUCCCAAAUAUGCU